AGUUUGGGAAAGGAAUAAAGCAUGUGUUUUCUAGGCAUAUUCUCGCUGAAACCCCAAGUGUGGGGAUAUUCUGAGCAUAUGGAAUCGGAAUAUGCCAUGAAAACUAACUUGUAUUACACCUCCAGAUUACAGACAUAUUGUUACAAUCAUUGGCUUUUAAUGUUGUACACAAAUUCUAUACUCCGAUUCAUUCCGCAGUACUUGCUGUCUUUUUCUUACAAAAGUCUUUAAAAGUUAUACGCUUCAACUUCCACCACUAACGUACAAGUAAAAAAUUUGUAUGUAAAAUCUUGAAUUUUCAAAUUGUAUUCAAUGUCGUCGGAAAGGCUUCUGAGCGGGGACGGAGAAAAUGAAGUGGCCGGAUUAAGUUCGUAUUCUUCGUUUCGGAGUAGCUCAACUGGAAUAUUUGAACAAUUGCCCAAGGCUACAAUAGUAUCCGUGUCUAAACCAGAUGCUAGUGAUUUUAGCCCACUUCUUCUGUCUUAUACAAUUCAGCUUCAAUACAAACAGUUUACAUGGCACUUGACAAAAAAGGCUUCUCAAGUUAUCUAUUUACACUUUGAAUUAAAAAAGCGAGCUAUAGUUGAAGACUUCCACGAGAAACAAGAGCAGGUUAAAGAAUGGCUCCAAAACAUGGGAAUAGCAGAGCAGACAGCUGUGGUGCAUGAUGAUGAUGAACCCGAAGAUGGAGCAGUUCCUGUCUGCACCGAAGACAAUGCUAAACAUAGAUAUGUUCCAUCCAGGGCUGCACUGCCAAUCAUCCGCCCAUCACUAGGCAGGCAGCAGACAAUUGCAGAGAAAGCAAAAGUUGCAAUGCAAGGGUACCUUAAUCACUUUCUGGGGAAUAUGGAUAUCGUGAACUCACGAGAGGUCUGCAAGUUUUUGGAGGUUUCGAAGCUAUCAUUUUUACAGGAAUACGGCCCUAAGUUGAAAGAAGAUUAUGUAAUGGUUAAGCAUCUUCCAAAGAUUUCAAGAACCAAUGCUGAAACAAGUGGUUGCUUAUGCUUCUGGUCUUGUUGUAACAACAAGUGGCAAAAAGUAUGGGCUGUCCUGAAACCCGGAUUCUUUGCAUUGCUGGAAGAUCCAAACAAUCCCAAACUUCUGGACAUAAUAAUUUUUGACAUGCUACCAACUUCAAAUGGCGACGGAAAGGGUCAAGUAUAUUUGGCAGAUAAAGUAAAGGAACGCAACCCACUGCGCUAUGCAUUCCAGGUUUCUAGUGGAAACCGGAGUAUGAAGUUAAGAGCUGGAAGUCAUGCUAAAAUCAAAGACUGGGUAUCUGCAAUUAAUGAUGUCGGUUUUAAACUUCCUGAAGGUUGGUGUCAUCCUCAUCGAUUUGAUUCAUUUGCUCCAUCAAGAGGCUUGACUGAAGAUGGCAGUCAAGCUCAAUGGUUUGUUGAUGGACAGACUGCUUUUGAAGCAAUUGCAUCAGCAAUAGAAAACGCGAACUCGGAGAUAUAUAUCACUGGAUGGUGGGUUUGCCCUGAGCUUUAUUUGAGGCGGCCAUUUCACUCUCAUGCCUCCUCUCGACUUGAUGCUUUACUUGAAGCUAAAGCUAAGCUAGGGGUCAAGAUAUACAUUCUUCUUUACAAGGAGGUUCCUCUUGCACUAAAGAUCAAUAGUGCAUACAGUAUGAGAAAGCUUCUUCUUAUUCAUGAGAAUGUUAAAGUGUUGCGUUAUCCUGAUCAUUUAUCAACUGGAAUUUAUUUAUGGUCGCACCAUGAUAAAAUAGUCAUUGUUGACAAUAAAAUUUGCUUUAUUGGAGGACUUGAUUUGUGCUUUGGUCGAUAUGAUACCCUUGAACAUAAAGUGGGCGAUUACCCUGUUGAUACUUGGCCUGGAAAAGACUAUUACAACCCAAGGGAAUCUGAACCAAAUAGUUGGGAAGACGUCAUGAAAGAUGAACUUGACCGUGAGAAAUAUCAUCGUAUGCCAUGGCAUGAUGUCCAUUGUGCUCUUUGGGGACCACCAUGUCGAGACGUUGCUAGACACUUUGUUCAGCGAUGGAACCACGCAAAGAAUAACAAAGCUUCGAGCGAACAAGCAAUACCACUACUUAUGCCACAGCAUCAUAUGGUUCUCCCACAUUACAUGGGACAAAGCAAAAAAAUAGACAUUGAUAGUCAAGGGGAUGAAGUGAAACAUAAAGAUAUCAGUACACAUGAAUCCUUUUCUUUCCCCUCUGAAAGUAUUCCAUUGCUCUUACCUCAGGAAGCUAAUCAAGUAGAUAGCGGAAGUGUAGAUAACAACCUGAAUGGCUUCCAAUGUACUGGAACUGAUCACAUUGAUCAGGUCGAACCUUUUGUUACUAAUAUGAAAAAGGAAGUCCCUGCAGAUGAGAUCAAUAUAAAAGAUCAUACAUGUAAUAUGAUUAUGGAAGACGGGGAAUUUCCAACUUCUGAGGACUGGUUGGAUAUUCAGGAGCUAAGCUAUCAGGUUGCUUCAGAUGAUAAAAUAGAACAAGUGGGCCCCAGGACCAAAUGCCAUUGUCAGAUUAUUAGAAGUGUCAGUCAGUGGUCAGCUGGAACAAGCCAAACUGAAGACAGCAUCCAUAGAGCUUAUUGUUCUCUCAUAGAGCAAGCAGAACAUUUUGUCUACAUUGAGAAUCAAUUUUUCAUAUCCGGCCUUUCAGGCGAUGAGAUCAUUCAGAAUCGUGUUUCGGAAGCUAUAUACAGACGUAUAAUGAAAGCAGACAAAGAAGAAAAGGUUUUUAGAGUUAUCAUUGUCAUACCACUCCUGCCCGGUUUCCAGGGGGGUCUGGAUGAUGGUGGUGCGGCAACGGUGAGAGCUCUAACGCACUGGCAGUAUCGAACCAUUUCUAGAGGGAAAGACUCGCUGUUGUACAAGCUUAAUACAUUAUUGGGUUCUAAAACAGAUGACUACAUAUCUUUCUAUGGUCUCAGAACACACGGAAAACUUUGCGAUAAUGGCUCUGUGGUCACAAGUCAGGUGUAUGUACAUAGUAAAUUGAUGAUCAUAGAUGACCGCAUUGCAUUGAUUGCCUCAUCUAAUAUAAAUGAUAGGAGUUUGCUUGGAUCAAGAGACUCUGAGAUUGGAGUCCUCGUCGAAGAUAAAGAUUGGGUAGAAUCAUCUAUGAAUGGAGAGCCCUGGAGGGCUGGAAAGUUUGCAUAUAGUCUUCGAAUUUCCCUGUGGUUGGAACACCUUGGUCUUAAUCCUAGUGAGAUUAAUCUAAUCCGAGACCCUGUGGUAGGCACUACAUACAAAGAUUUGUGGUCAGCGACUGCAAAGAGAAAUGCAGCGAUCUACCAUGAUGUUUUCGCUUGCAUUCCAAACGACAGUAUACAUUCCAGAUCUGCACUAAGACAAAGUGUGAGUCAUUGGAAAGAGAAACUUGGCAGUACGACAAUUGAUCUUGGGGUAGCUCCUGAGAGACUACAAAUCACAGAAAAUGGAGAAACCAAGGUAAUUGACACGGUGGAAAAAUUGAAGGCGACUAAAGGAUUUCUUGUAUCUUUUCCGUUAGAAUUCAUGUGCCAAGAAGAUUUGAGGCCUAUGUUCAUUGAAAGUGAGUUUUAUGCUUCCCCUCAGGUCUUCUACUAAAUAUAGUAGUAUGUUGAAGUUCUUUACACCAUCCAACAAUUGUAGAUACCACUUAUACUAAAAGAAAAGAAAAAACAAUUAGGAGAGUGUUGAAGUUAGGUUGAGUAAAUUAGAAGAGCAUAUAUGCUUCAUCAGUUGUUAAAGGUCGUACCUAGUCCAAAAUACUCCAACAACAGCAGGUCCGGAGAAAGCCCCCAUGUAUGCAGCCUUACCCUUAAUCUCACUAAGAGGCUGUAUUCAGGUGUUCGAGCCUGCGACACUUGUGGAUAGUUAGCAUAUUUAAAUAAUAUGAUACAAUGAUUCUGUAUGUUUUCGAAGAUACUGUGAAUAUUCCCAUUGAUAGUUCCCUUGUAACUCCUGGACUCAUGUAUAUAUAUAUUCAUCACCUGAUUCUUUCAA